UUUGCCUUCAGCAGCAUACAGGGGAAAGUACCGUCUGGAUUACUCUUUGUUCUAUAGAUACUCCGGGCACGGCAGAACACUGUCAGACCUCAAAACGUCCUCAUCACAUGCGCACACUGAGCUCAGGAAGCGAGCACACGCACUGCUUUGGUGCAUCGCAGAGGAAACUCAGGACCUGUAAAGUCAUCAGCUUUCAACAACUGCCUUCUUGCGCUCCCCAGGCUCAGGCUGCUCUGAGCUCUGCCUCCGGACCGACGAUGCCACAGCCUACCCAGCAGUUCCUAAUCCAUGUCCUCCUGCUGUGGACCACCAUCCUCUCCAUCAUCCAGGCUGUGUUCAUCAUCAUCGUCUUCACAUCUGGACAUCGCAGCCUGAACAGUAGCCCUGUAGCACCAGCGCGCACAGUCCAAUUCCAAGCAAACAAUACGCCUUCGCCGCCUCCCCCUGACUACGGGCUUCUCUUGGGCAAAGGCCAAAUGAUCACCUAUAGGGCAACUGCAGUCAAUGGCGCAUUUAAAUGGGAAGCGAGGAAUCCAAGUAAUGAACUGGUCUCAGAAGACGGAAAAGAUCUGCAAAUAAAGAAAGAUGGAUAUUACUUUGUAUAUCUUCAGGUGACACUGAAGUCAUCUAAGUGUCCAUGUAACGAAACAGGGGGAUUGAAGAGCCCGGUCAAUAUGACGUGGAACAACGACAUCCUCCUGCAGGGUGGGAUUCAGACAAGCACAUGCAGCACGGGCCUCCUGGGAAAGGCGCAGGUGCUAUCUGGUGGAGGGAAACUGGUGUUCCAACUGCCGACCUGUGAAAUCGAUGAAACUGAAUAUCUCACCCACCUGGAUAUCAUCUACAUGCGCAAGCCUUAGAUAAAGCUCAGAUACAUUACACAUCUAUAUUUAAAAUCUUUGGCAUCCUCCAGUGCACUCGUCCUGCUCUGAGCAGCACCUGCUCAGAUGCAUAGAUGAUAAGAGUGUACUUGUUGCUCUCUUGUUACCAAACACAUCUCUGUCUUUGCCUUUGGAUCACCAGAUCAGCAAAUCACUUAACUGUCUUCCUGCAGUCAGAGUUGACUGAGCUACAGAGAAUGGAUGAAAGGGCUGGAUUGAACAGACUGUCUUUUACCUACAGGCUGGGCAAAAACCUCACCCUGUUAAAUUCUGGUCUACUUGAAAGAAAAAUCCACCUUAAACAAGAUUUUGCAUGAUUCAAUUACUUUGGCCAGUAAAGUAAAUAUACUAUACAGCAGCUGAGGAUUGGUCUAAGGUUGAGGUCAUCACUACAGGUCUUUUUCUCUGCAGUGGUGCUUGAGGAAGAUUUUUUUUCCAAACUCAGCUGUAUAGUGCUACAGAAAUAAUAGUGUAUUGUUGUUGUUUUUUUCUUUUUUGUGUGUAUUUGUGGUGGGGGGGUGCAAUCUUACUUGAUUGUUUGAAUUGUAUUUCCUCGUUGAGGUUUCUUACAUUCAAAAUGUGUUGUAGUUAACUGCAAGAAUGUAUUAUUCUGUGCCACAGCUAUCGGCACAACUGUGUUAUUUGCACAGCUCUCCUAUUUGCUACUUGAUGAUUUAGUUCUGGUUUUGAACUGUGCAAGUUCUAUAUUUAUGUUGUAUUUAUUUAUUGCUUAGCUUAAAAUAUACAAAGUAUAGAGGUUUAUAGCGUAUUUAACAAAAUUCAAUGGACAGGUCAGUAAGAAGCCAAUGAUUAUAUGUCACUAUGUGACAAUAAAUGUUAUUUUGUGGCAUAUACUGUAUAUAUAUACAUAUAUUGUUAGAGAGUCACUGGAAUGUAUUUGCCAUUUUCGUUAUUCAUUAUUGCAGUAAUAUGUAGCUAGAAUUGUACAAACAGGACAAUGUGGUUGGUAAAUGUUUAAGAAAAAUGAACUGGGAUUUAUUUGUUUACACAAUCACUCAAAAUCACAAGUGACUUUUUCCAAAGUCUAAAUUUAAAAUGAAAAGUGAAAUGACUUCACAGAACUCACCUCCAAAUCUCCGUCGCUACUUGCAGUACACAUUAUGACACGUGAAAUCACAACUCGAGGUGGUUUGUGCGGAGAGUUUCAUGUGUUAAGAGAUGUUGAGAGAAAUAUUUGGU